AUGGAGGCCGUAGAUGAAGAACCAUGUUAUAUUCUAAAUAUUCCAAAUGAACUACAAUUAUUGAUUUUUGAUAAAAUGGAUCAACGGGAUAAGUAAAUUCUUGUUUUUUAAAACAAUUUAAAGCAAAACCCUCGUAUAAUAAGACCAUUGCGAAAUGAUUUCAAACACGAAAAUAUAUAAAAUUAACCUAUCCAGCUAUGCUCACAAGCAAUAUGAAAAAGAAAAAAUCAAAAACGAUCAAAUUUGACCACUUUUGAGAAAAAAAAUUAUUUUUUUUUGAAAAUCGCCUGCAGAUUGUGCAGAUCCGCAAUUUCGUGAAAUUUGUGCAAACACUGUGACGAAAAUUGUGUGCUACAGUACCCCUUUCAACUUUUUUUUCAACAAAAAGUGCAUUUUUUCACUGAAAACAAUGAAAUAAAUUAUAACAAUGAUUUCUGAACAUCCUUAACUAUCUCUACUUUCAUUUUUCACAAUGAUAUUUCAGUUUUAUAUUGCAUAUUCCGGUCAAAAACUGAAAAAACACAAUUUCCAUUGAAAAAUUUAGUUUUCGUCUGAAAUAUUGAAUCUUAGUGUUUAUACUUCUUCAAGUUAUUUUUUUCAUACCCAGAAAACAGUUUUUUCCAUGCAAAUUGUCAUUUUCCGAAAAAAACGGAAAAAUUUUGUGAAAAAAUGAAAAGAAAACAACGAGACUCCGCGUUGACGCUGGCCCGCGUUGUUUGAAUUUGAGUUUUUUUUCAGUUUUUCAAUGGGCUUCCAUAUUUCGGCUAAUACUUAUUCAAACGUUUUGAAUUUUUUCUCCGAACUAGAAGACAGUAAAACUAAGCUAAAUCUAAGAUUUGAGAACAUUUGGGCUUUUUUCAAGAAAGUGCCUAUUAUACGAGGGUGUUGCUUUAAAUACAAUGUUUUCUUUAGAAUUUCUUUUGGAAAAGUUUCGCGGAAAUGUCGUGCAAUUUGGAAGGAAUCGAGAAGUUUUUUUGACGGAAUUAGUUGGUAUAAGUUCGACGAAAGUAUUGUUUUAUUAUUCAAUGAAUCAUAUCCAUUUGUAGGAAAUCGACAUUUUAUUGAAUGUCAUGAAAAUCGCAUGGUAUUGUGAGUUUUUUCUUGACCACUGAAAUAUCACAAAACAUCAUUUCCAGCGGCGAAAAAGAUACAUACUUCAGACAACGCAAAAAAUUGUGAACAUGGGCUUGAAUUUGCCAAAUGGAAGUUUGUGAAAAAACUCGAAAAAUAUCAGAAGACUGUGAAAAGUAUUACGAUUUAUGGGGAAUGUUCAGCUAAUUUGCGAAAUAUUUCAAGUUUUCCUAGUUUGCGGUAUUUGAUUUUAAGAGACUGUCCAAAUAUUGUAAGAGAAGUUUUAUCAAAAUCUGGAGAUGCGUUGGAAUAUCUGGAGAUUGAUGAAUGGAAUAACAAUUAUGCGGAUUGUCCUGAAAUUUAUCGAGUUUCCGAUUAUUUAUCGAUAAAUUUUGAGUUGACUCGUGAACAACUUUUUAAAUUAUCUGCAAAGAAAAUAAUAAUGCCGAUUGGAGGUUUGAAAGCAGAAGAUAUUUUUGAAUUUAUCAAGUCUUGGCAAAAUGGAAGAAGAAAUCUAGAGUAUUGUAAAUGGGAUCUUUAUUUUUUUGAUGCUCCAAAAUUUUUCGGAUUUUUCAACACUGAAGUGGUCAAUCGUUAGUAAGUUAUCAAAAAUUGAGUGAAUUAUUUCGAAUAAAAAUUAUUUCUAGCAAACGAAUCAUAAUUCGAGGACCUGGAGAAACAUCAGCACAAAUCAUUUUUAGAAAGAAAAAAGUAUUGAUAUUUGAAGUUGUUGAAAAUUCGGAUGUUUGGAUGUUUGAUUGGGAUGUUGAAGGAUUGUUUGAUUCGGAUGUGGAUUAUCGAGAGUAUUCUUACGAAACUCAUGGUGAAUUUACGAUGUUACCUUGGAAAUCUGAUAAAAAUAUUGUUUUCAGAUGAUGCUUAG